AUGCCUUCAACGUUAAGCCAGAUCAAUAUCAACAGUAGCAGCAAUACUGUGGUCAUUGACAAUAAUAACAAUGAUUACAUAAAGCCCAAAAAAAAGCGAAAUAUUUUUCAGAAAAGUGGAUCGAAAAUUUGUCGUCUGUUUAAUUGCAAGGGGAAAAAAACUACAAGCAAAAAUAAUAUCUCACACAAAAGACAAAGAUCGGUUCCGAUGACACAAACAACAACUGAAACAACUGUUGUUUCAUAUCAAGAACGUCAAUCACAAUCAAUAACAGCUCAAAUUCCUGUUAAUAAUAUCAAUGACAUUAACGUUAUCAUUUCUAAUGCUGAUAGUGUUACUAAUAAAAACUCUAUCAUUUCUAAUGCUGACGAAACAAUAACUUCUAUUAACAACAAUAACAUUAUAACCACCGACAACUCAAACUCCACCGCUGCUGAGUAUCAAUUGACAGCCUACGACAUUGCAUGGGUUGCAAUGAUCCCAACUUCCAGGUACAAACAAACAAAAGAUCCCAGAGAUUUCAUGUUGGCAUUCCCUGAAUGUUUUCGAUGGCUGUUGAAUUAUCAGGAUUCAAAAGGAAGUUGGGGAAAGAUCGGCGUGAAGAGUAUCGUUCCUUCUUUAUCGGUGCUUUUGUCUCUUAGAUUUUUUAAGGCUCGUGCUGGUGAAUAUUUCCAAGCGAAAUUGGAAGAUAUCGGAAUUACAAUUAAUCAUUUUCAGCAAAUGGUCACAAAAGGUGAAGCAUUUCUUCGUAAAACUCUAAAAAAUUGGAAUAUCGACAGCAACCAAUCAACCACUCCACACGAAAAAAUGAUCUUAUAUUAUCUUGAAGAACUUGAAAAAUUCAAUCCAUCCAACCCUUUUGAUUUCCCAUCAAGACAAAAACUAAGAAACAAUAACAUUAUCAGCAGGACACCACAUACCCGUCACUCAGCAUUACUUAACUUGACUAAUAAUUAUGUCCCAGUAGAGACAUUAAUUAGUAUAACGAUGGUAACCGACUCUCACUCUCUUGCUUCAGACUUCACUAUCCUCCAUAAUAAUUAUCGGACAUCGCCGGCAGCUACCGCUUCUUAUUUGAUUUUAGCUCCGCAUUGGGAUCGGGAAGCAUUCGGGUUACUUCAGAACAUGAUUAACAAUUGGAAAACGGUUCUUGCAACAUCUGGUCAAACAAACAACAUCACGACCACCACAUCAUCAUUUCCCCAUUAUGAUUUCGAAUCUUGUUUGGUGAUUGAAUGCCUCGGUGAUCUAGUUGACACGAUUGAAAGUGUAUCACCAAAUGACAAUAAUCUCUCGUCAUUACAUUUGAAAUUCGAAGACAUUGUGAAAUAUUUAAGAGAGCAACUCGAAGAACAAGAUGGCAUUAUUUUGACAGCGAUUCCUCUUAAUAACAAUAAAUCUUUAUAUAAAAUCAAUUACACCGCACUCGCAUUACGCUUGAUUACACAAUUUGAUCCGCUAAAUCGCAUAGACAUCGAAUCGUUUAUCCAAUCGUUUUGGAAUGGAAAAUACUUUAAUCACUUACCAAACGACGAACAAAAAGUCACAUCAACUGUAUUCAAUGUCCACGCGUUAGAAGUUUUAUUAAUAGAGCGUGAAAAGUUGAAAAACCGAAAACAAUACAGAAUCUCCUUUGAAGUGGAGACAGCCCUCGGGAAAUACACAAGCUUCAACCUCGAUUAUAUAAUUACCAGCACAAUAACGUUCAUCCAAUCACAACGCGCCAAAAACUUUCUUUGGUUAGAUGAUGCGCCACACAAUUCGCCGUGGUACACUACAAUGCAAACCAUAAAAACACUAUUGUCACUUGUCGAGCACCCACGAGUUCUUGUCUCGACUUCUUUCAAGAACAAACCUUCGCUUAUGGCAUAUUGUCGAUCAACAAUUGAUCACGCACUCGCCACACAGCAUCCAGACGGCAGCUGGGGGACAACUUCCUCGUAUGACGCGCUAGGAAAUCUAGAAGAAACAAGUUACGUCAUACAAUUAUUGAAAAUCGCGAAUGAAUAUGGGGCUUCGGAUCAUGCAUUAAUGGACGCGCUUGCAAAAGGAUGUGAUUAUCUUUUUCGGCAUUUUGAUUCUGCAAUGAAUGAUCCUAAUUAUUUUUAUAAUUUUGAGCCACCGCUUUGGGGAAAUCAUAUCACUCAAAGAUUGGUUCGUGCGUUGAUACUUUGUGCACUUAAGGAUCCUUCUUCAAAGAAUAAUGAUGAUGACAUUGGUGGUUAUUAG